CGCCUUACCCCCACUCCACUCCUCUCUGCCAGCCAUGUCCCUCCGCGCCGCCCUGCGUCCCGCCACGCGCGCUCUCCGCGUCCCCGCCGCUGCGCCGCAGCACGCUCGCUUUGCCUCCAGCGACGCCCUGGGCCAGGAGCUGCUUGCGGAGCGCAAGCACGCCGUCGAACAUGCUGCUGGCUCGGCCGAUCUCUGGCGCAAGAUCAGCAUGUACGUCUGCCUGCCCGGCUCCAUUGUGCUCGGCGUGUACAUCUACCAGAUCGAGGCUGCCCACAUCGCACACCGCGAUCACGAGCUGCACGAGAACGACGGCAAGGUCGACCCGGGCCCGCGGUACGAGUACCGUGACCGUCGCGUCAAGCCCUUCGCCUGGGGAAACAACUCGUUCUUCUUUAACCCAAAGGCGAACACGAACAUGGACGAGCUGGAGUGAGCGAUUCGGACGCUCUGAGCGACUCGGGAGUCGUUUCGGAGUGUCAGGGAGGCCGAGGGGGAGGUUCUG